GCAGCUAGGUGGCUAGUUUGUUGUUGCUUUAGCAACAGCUGCUAAACUAGCUUUUAUUUUCUGCCUCUGUGGAGUCUGACACAUCGGGGACUAGCUAUCGGAUGGUGACCAGCGCUGAGACCUGUCUGAAACGAAGUGUGUCCACUGUUGAACCAUCAUGAUGGCGGGUUCCCAGUGGGAGCUUCCUCCAGAGCUAUGUUGUCGGCCCAUGGCCUUCGUAGCCCUGACCGGUCUGGAUGUGGUCUACAACGCUGUGCACCGUGCCAUCUGGGACGCCUUCUGUGCCAACCGGCGAGCUGACAGAGUCCCUAUCUCUUUCAAAGUGCUCCCAGGAGACCACGAGUACCCCAAAUGUCGCACCAAGAGAACCUCCUAUGAGUGGUACAUUCCUAAAGGCAUUCUGAAAACAGGCUGGAUGAACAAACACCUGAACCUGGUUCCAGCUCUGGUGGUUCUCUUCUAUGAGCUGGACUGGGACGACCCGCAGUGGAAAGAGAAGCAGUCUGAAUGUGCCACUAAAGUGGAGAUCGUCAGGACCAGUCUUCAGGGCAGGAACACCAAGGUGGCCGUGGUUUUAAUCCAGAAGAAAACACCUCUACCUCCAGGGGAGGAUCUCGUAGCAUCAGAGAGAGCAGCAGCUCUGUGUAACGCCUGUGAUCUUUCUGGCAAGAGUCUCUUCGUACUGCCGCACACCGACCACUUAGUGGGCUACAUUAUAAGGUUGGAGAACGCUUUCUACGAACACGCUCAGACGUAUUACUACACCGAGAUCCGACGAGUCAAAUCACACAAAGAGUUCCUCAACAAGACGACUCAUCAGCUGCUGUUCGUCAGGCACCAGUUUAAAAUCGCCUUCUUCAGUGAACUGAAACAGGACACUCAGAAUGCUCUCAAGUACUACAGAACUGCUUACAGUCUCGUCCAUGAGCUCAGAGCCCACGAGACCAACAUGCUGGAGAUCAAAACUAUGGCGGGAUUCAUCAACUAUAAGAUCUGUCGUCUAUGUUUCCAGCAUAACACUCCUCUAGAUGCUAUCGCUCAGUUCAGGAAGCACAUUGACCUGUGUAAGAAGAAGAUCGGCAGUGCUGAGCUGGCCUUUGAGCACGCAGCCUGGAUGUCUAAACAGUUCCAGUCUUUUGGCGAGCUGUUCGAUGAAGCCAUCAAGUUGGGUCUGACAGCCAUCCAGACUCAGAACCCUGGUUUCUACUACCAGCAGGCUGCUUGUUACAGCCAGGACAGGAAACAAAUGGCUCAGCAGCUCUGCCAGGCUGGAGCGACUUAUCCCACCCCUGAUCCUUUGGACACCCAGAGUGGAGGUCUGGACUUCUACGGCCAGAGAUCCUGGAGACAAGGACACCAGAGUAUUGAUCCUCCAGACGCAGAGAAAGAGAAGACGGGGAUUCUGGCCUUGCAGAUUAAAGAGAGAGAUGUACCACAUUCUGAGCUGAUCAUAGCCCUCCUCAGCAAUGCUGUCGCCCAGUUUAAGAAGUACAAGUGUCCUCGAAUGAAGAGUCACCUGAUGGUACAGAUGGGAGAGGAGUACUACCAUGCUAAAGAUUACACCAAAGCCCUUAAGCUGCUGGACUAUGUGAUGUGUGACUACCGUACAGAGAGAUGGUGGGGUCUCCUGACAGCCAUACUGACCACAGCUCUGCGCUGUGCUUACCUGAUGGCCAGUGUUAAAGAUUACAUCAUAUACUGCAUGGAGCUGCUGGGCAGAGCUUCAACACUGAAGGAGGAACAGAAGUCCAGGAUCGAGAAGAACCUCCUCAAAGUCCUGAUGAACGAGGUACCUGAAGCUGAGCCGGAGUGUGACCCCGCCUCCUCCACCUCAGCCAAGGCUCUGUGGAACGACCGCAUGGCUUUAUCAGGAUCCAAUGAGUUCAGCAUUGAAGUGCAGGACUACAUACCGUUCAUCCAGUGUAAGGCCAAGUUUCUGUCUCCCAGUUUCCACGUCGACCAGCCCAUCCAAUUACAGGUGUUCCUACGAGCCGACUGUCCUCAUCCUGUAUCAUUCAACAAGCUGGCUGUCAGCCUCAGCAACCAGGAGUACAACCAGUGGUGUGUGGUGGAGUCGUCAGGUCAGGACAGUAUGAGUCUGUUGCCGGGGAAAACCAAGUGCUACAACUUCAGUUUUGUAGCGAAAACAGAAGACGUUGGAAAGAAGAUAGAGAUGACAGGCAUAGAGGUGAUGCUGGGCAGUGACAGCGGCCGCUGUGUGUUUCUGAGCUGGAGAGGGGCGGGCGGAGACGCAGCCUCUACCCACGAGGCCUUGCAGGCCAGCAGGUCAUCCCGUCGAUGGGGGCGGGGAGCUGAGGCACGUCAAGAGCCGGACUGGGACAGCCUGACCAUGCAGCACAGUACCAUGAUCAUCUCCAGAGUGCCAAAGAUCUCUGUCCAGCUGAGCCACCAGCCUCCUGUACUCAAUAAUGAAAUGUACUGCAUCAGCCUCACCGUCCAAUCACAGGAGGAGGGCGUGGCCAAGGACGUUAAACUGACAGCAGGACUCAAACCAGGCCAGGACGCCAAUCUGAGCCAGACCACACACGUGACACUGGACGGCCUGAAGGUGUGUGACGACAACGCUCCUGCUCUGCUCCCUGACAUACCUCUAGGAGAUCUGAAACCAGGAGAGAAGCUGGAGAAAUGUGUGUAUGUGAGAUGUGUGUCGACCGGACCACGAGUGUUCCUCUUCCAUGUGGCCUACAGCAUCGAUACGACUGUGGAGGGACGGCAGAUCAUCUGCAAAUGUCAUAAGGAUGAAACGGUUACCAUAGAAACAGUGGUCCCAUUCGAGGUGUCUGUCAAGUUUGUGUCCACCAAGUUUGAGCCUCUGGAGCGGGUAGCAGUGGACAUUCCCUUCCUGUUGAUGACAGACAUCCUGUCAUCGUCUCCCUGGCCCGUCCUGCUGGCCUCCUCCUCUCUGCAGCUGAUCACCAUGACCAGCAACACACCACAACUUCAGUCCCAGCUCGAGCAAGUGGUUCUGCAGACAGACGAAUGUGCCAGUGAGUGUUUCUGUCUCCGAUGUCCACCAGUUACCAACGGCAACAACACUGCUGCUACAGGACAGUACCUGAUAUCAUGGAGGAGACAGUCCUCCAGUCCAGAGAGUCCUCUGAUCCAGACUACUGUCACUCUACCUCAUGUCCUCCUGGAGUCUGUCCCUCUAUACAUACACGCUGAUUUACCUUCCUUUGGGAGAGUGAGAGAGUCUCUUCCAGUGCGUUACCACAUAGAGAACAGGACUUCUCUGGUGCAGGAGGUGGAGAUGGCUGUGGAACCCUCUGAUGCCUUCAUGUUCUCUGGACUCAAACAGGUGCGUCUCCGUAUCCUCCCUGGUUCGGAGCAGCAGAUGUUGUAUAAUUAUUACCCGCUGAUGGCCGGUUACCAAACACUACCACAGCUCAACAUCAGCCUGCCCCGCUGCCCCACCACCAACACACACACUCUGAGACGCUUCCUGCCCCAACGGAUCUUUGUCAAGCCUCAGGGCCGACAGCUGGACGACGCCUCCAUCGCUGCGGCUUGAGACCAACACACACACACAAACACACAAAGUGUUAACUGUAAAUAUGAGAACAAAGCAACAUUGUGCAGGUUGUUUUAGAUGUAUGAUUCCUCACAGGUGACCAUAUUAACACUAUUUGUUUCACAUUGUUGUGUAAAAAAAUGAAAAUAAAACACACCUGGAAAACUGUCUGUUCUUUCAGAUUGGGAGAUUCCAGUGUGUGUGUUCAGAGUGAGUGUGCCGACUCAGCUGAUAAAUGAACUUGAUACACUGAUGUUUCAUUUAACAGGAAAAAUUAUGUAUGAAUCUGAUGUGACCUGUAUUAAAAUUUUGGGUAGAGUGUAAUACAUGAAAAGUGAAUGUGAUGAAAGUUUAAUUAAA